AGGCGGAUAUGGGCGAAAUUGCCCUCACCCACUGGUGCUCGUUGCCCAUACUGGUUUAUUGUUUUUGCCGGCUAACACUGUAAAUAGAAGGACGAUUUUGAGAGAGCACGCAUUGACGUGACUGCCGCGAAGAUAACGCUCCUGGAUUGUACACUUUUGACAGAAAUAUAGAAGAAAAUAAAUGAAAUUCUACUCUUGAUUUGUGAACUUGGACUCGGUGAAAUGGAUCAUUUGCAUAAGGUUGUCUUACUACUGUGUUGUUUGGGAGGACAAGCCCGAGUACUGUCGCCCUCAAGACAAGCCAGGCUGACUUUGGCAGAGCCGAUGCCUAGCUACUACGUCACGAAUGUCGAUGGUCAUCCAGGAACCUAUGCCUUUGGCUAUGACGUGCACGAUCCACAAACUGGCAACACCCAGUUCCGAACUGAGGAGCGCUACCCCAAUGGCACAGUGGUUGGGAGCUACGGCUAUGUCGAUGGUAACGGACGACCACAUCGAUACAAUUACGUUGCCGAUGAAAAAGGAUACAGGUUAAUGACCGAUGUUCCCCGUCAACCCGAAAUUCCUCGCCCCAUAGACCAAGUAGCAAAUAUGGAGCCAUCAGUAACCUGGUCCCGGCCAAAGAAACCGAAUAGGAAGACUGAAAAUAAAAGUUAUUUUACUAGAAUUCCAAUCAGGAAAGAUAAUGCCAUACAAAAUAGUAUUUUGCACCCUCCUAGCUAUUACGGUUCUUAUAAAUGAUGUUCAAAACAAAGAUAAAAUGUAAUUUAUUUUAGUAAUAAAACUUUUAUUUAAUUUUA